AUGAAUGAGUCACUUGACUGUAUCAUAGCCAUAGAUUUUGGCACAGCAUACAGUGGCUAUGCCUUCAAUAUUGGACCCAAAGGGAAAGAAAUUGAACCCUUUUUGAAGAGAUGGGGAAAAGAGCAUGGACUGGACACCCCAAAAACUCCAACUUGUAUUCUUUUUGAUGAACAUGAAGAAUUUCUGCAGUUUGGUUAUGAAAGCAAAACAACUUAUAUUAACAUGCAUGGAGUAGAAGCAAAGAAACACUACUUCUUUGAAAACUUUAAAAUGGCGCUCUAUAGUAAAAAACUCAACAGAGAUGUGAUGAUUAAAGCUGCAAAUGGGAAGUCAAUGACAGCCUUUAAGGUGUUUACGGCAGCACUGUGGUAUCUGAAGGAAGAUGCACUGAAAAUCAUAAAUGCCAACCCAGAGAAAAAGUUCACAGCCUCUGACUUCACAUGGGUGCUAACUGUACCAGCGAUCUGGGAUCCUUCAGCAAAGCAAUUCAUGAGAGAAGCUGCCACUGAGGCAGGAAUUGUGAAGGAAGAAAAUGAAGAAAAGCUGAUCAUCGCACUGGAACCAGAGGCAGCCUCAGUUUGGUGUAAGAAACUGCCAGCUGAUGGCUUCAUCACACAGAACCAUGAUGGAGGAUCACUGGAUCAGUCUCCAGGAACACAGUACAUGGUGGUGGACUGUGGAGGGGGAACUAUUGACAUCACUGUUCAUGAAGUCCUGGAUGGAGGAGCCCUGAAGGAGCUGCACAAGGCCUCAGGAAAUGAUUUGGGGGGGAAAACUGUGGACAAAAAAUUCAAAGAGUUCCUCAGAGAAAUCUUCUGUCAUGGUGUGUGGGAUGAAUAUGAAGCAAACUUUCCCAGUGAGGUCCAGAAGAUAAUGAAUGAUUUUAUGUAUCUCAAACAAGUAGAUGAUGAUGUUUACAUGUCCUUCCCAUUUAACCUGGGAAAACUGGCUCAGGAAAGACAGGAAAUAGAAAAGUUCUUUGAAUCAGUGCAAGGCGUUUCCUGGGAUGAAGGAUCCAUGAAAAUCUCCAAAGAGACACUGAGGUCUUUCUUUGCUGAUAGUCUGAAUGGCAUCACUGACAGGCUCAGGCAAAUUCUGAGCGAAGAUCUAAACAUCGAGUACAUUCUAUUAGUGGGGGGCUAUGCUGAAAGCCAGAUUCUACGUCAACAUGUUAUUGAUCAGUUUGGUGAUCAGUGUAAAGUUCUGUGUCCUUUUAGGCCCCAGGAAGCAAUAGUAAGGGGAGCUCUAAAGUUUGGAACAAACCCGGGUUUGGUAGCAUCUCGAAAAAGUGGCUUUACUUAUGGGGUUGGUGUCAGUGAGCGUUUUGAUGAGUCCAAGCACAGAGCAGACAAGAAAUUCAUGAACACAGAGGGUGUAUGGUGCAGUGGCAUUUUUAAGAAACUGGUGCAAAUUGAUGAGGAUGUCUGCUGGAAUGAAGCUAGAUAUCACACCUUAUAUCCCAUAAAAGCGGAUCAGACAAAGAUGAGCUUUAGUUUUUAUUGCACAGAGAAAGAAACUCCAAAGUAUGUGGAUGAGGAUGGAAUAGAGAAAAUUGACUCCUUUGUUGUUGAAAUGCCCAAUAUUACAGGAGGAACCAAACGUCAAGUCAAACUGAAAAUAAAAUUUGGCUUCACAGAAAUGACAGCCACAGCCACUGACAAAGAUUCUGGAUCAACCCAAUCAAUCAAGCUGAACUUCAUGACUAAAUUGUAA